CGUCGAACAAGAAUCUACAGCCACGAAUGGCUGUUUGUCGCUUCUCGUCCACUGGUUCGGUGCCUCAAAGCGCAGCGGAGACGAGGACGAGAUGCACGUCUUCAUCCUCUGCGCCGUCCGUUGGCUUUCGCGAUGCGAUGUUGCGACUGCGCCUCAGGAGAUCACCGGCACCAUUGUCGACGGUAUAUCCGGAGUCUCUGAUGCGAUCGAGCGACGCAACAUUCACGGUCCCGGUGACUGCGAGGACGAGAAGUGAGCGCACUGGCUCUGGCUACGACAACCUCUUCCGGUUGAACCACACGCUCUCCGCGAUCCUCCUCCUCCGGCGCAAGCAGACGAUCUGCAACAAUGCCCAGACGGAGGACUAGGACAUCUUUCGCUGCGCCCUUCACGGUAGCCAUACCCUCGCGCAUAUGCACCUCGGGCCGGGCAACUGGACGCUUCCGAAGGCUCGAGAUCCUGGCCUUCAUAUUCGGCCAUUGAGGCACAGGGCAGCGCGCCAGGCGAGGGCUGUGGCGUGUGCGAGGGGUCGUGACCGGGUGGACUAGAGCUCGACGAAGCCAGGGGCAAGACGGGCGACCGGGACAGUGUAGUUCUUUGGUGUAGAGAUGUGGUUGAGAAUGUGUAUUCGGCUGCUACACAACAGAAUCAAUAUUGAGAGCGGACCUAACGUGUACGACUCACAAACG